CUCUUUGAGCUUUGAUCACGUUUUUAUUCUCUCUGCAGGCAUGGCUCGCAGCCUUCACGGAUUUCUUAAGGGAUCAUGCUAUAGUUCGCGGCGGGUAUCAGCUCAUUGGGUGUCGCAUUAAGCCAGGUCCGACCACAGCAAAUCUCACAAUUUGUUCGUGUGCUCUCACCUACAUCAUUACUGCAAUUUGCCAGAUGUUUUCAACUGGCAUUCUAGGCGUGCUGUUGUUUUACAUGAAAGUCACCAACGCCGAAGAGGAGCUCUAUUUUCCAAAAUAUGCAAAACUCUUCAACUUCUAUCCCUUUGCACUGGGAAUGCUGCCUGUUCGACAAAUGUGGAGCUUGAUCUACUUCAUGUUUGUGGCCCUAUUGUCGACAUCUUACACUAUAGUGAAUAUGGCGGUGCUUGAAGAAAGCAUAUACGACAACUUCCCAGUAGUGUUGCGGUACCGAAGCUAUGUCAAAGUUGCAAUAUGCACUCUUGGAUUUCUAAUUGGAAUCCUUACUGACCUUAUGGUUGACAACGAAUCGAGCGCUUAUGAAGACGAGCCUGUACUGAGGAUUGCACAGCGACUGACAAUCAUUAUUUUAUUGACCCUCACAAUCAGCGUUGGGUAA